UCCAGAGCUGUAGGACAGGAGGAGCUUUGCAAGCCUUGCACAUACACAGAGAAAGAGGAGAACGAGUUUGUAUUCCUGCAAAACCAACAAACUUAUCAGCAUUUUAGUGAAGAAAAGUAAAGAAGCCCUCUGGAGUCAAAUCCAAUGAAGCUGAUGAUGAAUGAGGCGUGUGUGGCUGUGGAAGUGCUGCUCUUGUGCCUGUGGUGUGGAGUAUGUGGAGCGUACGCCCUGAACUCCACCGCGGCUCCCUCGCUGACUCUGGGCGGCCUCGGCGCACCCUUGGCCGGCUCCGACACGGCGCUUUUCCCGCGCGGCAGAAGGAGGCGCGCCAUCUCCCAGGAGGACAUGCUAGCCAUCCUGCACUACCACAACAAAGUCCGCGGAAAGGUUUUCCCUCCUGCUUCUAACAUGGAGUACAUGAUUUGGGAUGAAACCCUAGCCAAGAGAGCAGAGCAGUGGGCUGCGACGUGUCUUUGGGAGCACGGGCCUCAGAACCUUCUCAAGUUUUUGGGGCAAAACCUUUCUGUUCGAACCGGAAGGUACAGAUCCAUUCUGCAGCUGGUAAAGCCGUGGUAUGAUGAAGUGAAAGACUACUCCUUCCCUUACCCUCGUGACUGCAACCCCAGAUGUCCUCUGAGGUGCUACGGGCCCAUGUGCACACAUUAUACUCAAAUGGUGUGGGCAACAUCAAAUAAAAUUGGAUGCGCCAUCCAUACAUGUCAUAAUAUGAAUGUGUGGGGGGCGGUAUGGAAAAGAGCGACGUAUUUGGUGUGCAACUAUUCACCAAAGGGUAACUGGAUUGGUGAAGCUCCAUAUAAAGUUGGCGUGCCAUGCUCCAUGUGCCCCCCCAGCUAUGGAGGGUCGUGUAGCAAUAACAUGUGCGUCCCUGCUGUGAACUCAAACUACCUGCACUGGUUCAAAUAAACCAGUAAGCAGAACGCAUGUCACAGAGAGGCUCUCCAGCACGGAGGUUUUUUUGCACAACAUAUCUGAAUUACCGUGAUUUGUAUAUAUGGUGCUAUUUAAAAUAUACCCUUUUAUGUUUCUUUUUAUCUUAUUUCAAGAUCAUAAAUUAUUUUCUUACUUUUUAUACCAGGUACUGAGAUCAUCAUAUCAUUUUCAUUUAUAGGGAUAAAACUGUCAUUUAGGGUUAUGUGUAUAAUAGCAUGAAUGGUGCUCAUAGGUUUAUUCAUCAUUAUGCUCUGUCAACAUUAGCUCGAUAUUAAGGGUUGGUGGCUGCUUUAACUAUUAUGUGGUGCUAUGGACAUUAUACGUGAACUCAUUCUGAUCAGUUCAUUUUUGGGGGGGCGGGUAUGGCUCUUGACAGUUCAUGUUCAGUGAAUGCAUAGAAAAGUUGAGUAUUACAGCGCAGUCAGUCAAAUUAGUUUCAAAUGGUCACUCUAAUGUGAUCGCUAUACAUCUCUGCACUUAAACAUAAAACAUUUAGAUGUCAGCAUAGCCGUCCUAAAAGAGUAACGCCAAUGGAAUGACAGAAGAAUUUAAGGAAUAUACAAUCUGAUACUUUAUUAUAUGUUCUUUUGAUCACAGAGACA